GAGAGGUGCAGGCAGUUGUACUGAUUGGCUUCAGCGUGGGGCGCUCCCGCCCGCCCGUGUGGGGACCCCCAUCCGCUCUGUCUGCUCCCUGCAAGUCUGAUUGUCUGGCGCCCACUCCUGCAGGGUGACAGGGCCCUCCGUCCUGACACAGUCACUCCGCACACCUGCCACUACCUCCUUCCUGCAGGAUCACCGGGAGCAGCCGUCCCCUCCUGGCCCUGAGCUGAGCUGGGAUGAGUGGGAGUGCUGGCUUUGUCUGACCGGCUCCAUUUGGACAGGACUUUGGUGGGGCGACUCCAGGGCCCGCCGGUUUUGCUGCUGUGUCACUUCCGUCAGGCAGUCUUAGUCUGACCUGCAGGCUUUUUCAAAGCACCUCAAGCUUUUGUGGUGAAUUUUCUGAUUUUGGACGAGUGUCGCCGGAAGAACCCCGACGAGCCAAGAAAGGGCCCGCAUCCCGAAAGGCUCAGACCAUGAAUUACGUGGGGCAGCUGGCGGGCCAGGUGUUUGUCACCGUGAAGGAGCUGUACAAGGGCCUGAACCCCGCCACCCUGUCCGGAUGCAUCGACAUCAUCGUUGUCCGCCAGCCCAACGGGAGCCUGCAGUGCUCCCCGUUCCACGUCCGCUUCGGCAAGAUGGGGGUGCUGCGCUCCCGAGAGAAAGUGGUUGACAUAGAAAUCAACGGGGAAUCUGUGGAUUUACACAUGAAGCUGGGAGAUAACGGAGAAGCCUUUUUUGUUCAAGAGACCGAUAACGAUCAGGAAGUGAUCCCCAUGCACCUGGCCACCUCCCCCAUCCUGUCGGACGGAGCCUCGCGCAUGGAGUGCCAGCUGAAGAGGAACCCCGUGGACCGGGCGCGGAGCCUGGACCCCGGCGCGGCGGCCCCCGGCCUGCCUCCCGGCGAGACCCCCUCCAGCGCCUCCCUGGUGAAGAAGAGACGGAAGAGGAGGAGGAAGUCCCAGCUGGACAGCCUGAAGAGGGACGACAACUCCAACACGUCGGAAGACGAAGACAUGUUCCCCAUAGAGAUGAGCUCCGACGAGGAGCGGGACGCGAUGGACAGCAACAGAACUCUUUCUAACGACAUACCUCCAUUCCAAGAAGAUGUUCCCAAGGAAAACAUGCCCCCAGUCAUGCCUUAUUCUCAGUCGUCAUCGUACCCUAGUUCCGAUAGAGAGUGGUCACCCAACGCCAGCAGCCUGGUAGAUUGCAAAAGGACGCCCCCUCACGUGGCCGUGGCGGCCGAGGGCCUGCUCUCUAGCUCUUGCCCUCCACAGUCGUCCGUCCUGCACGCCCUGGAAAGUCCUUCAGGUUCCCGCCCUUCGACACCUAAAAGUGAUUCCGAGUUGGUCAGCAAGUCGGCGGACAGGACGGCGCAGAAGAGCAACCUGGAGAUGCUGUGGCUCUGGGGGGAGCUGCCCCAGGCCGCCAAGUCGCCUACACACAAGAUGAAAGACUCCAGCCCGCUGAGCAGCAGGAAGUUCUCGGAGAAGAUGCACUUCCAGGCCAUCCGCAGCGAGCCUCCCGAAGUGUUUAGCGAGCCGUCGCCGCCGCUGGCCGAGGCGCUGCCUCCGCAGCCGCUUUCCGAGCAGAGCAAGUCUCAGACCGAGAUGCAGUUUGUGAAUGAGGAGGACGUCGAGGCCUUGGGAGCCGCAGCCCCGCCCCUGCCUGCCACCGAGGAGCCCAAAGCCCUCUCCGCCCUGGCGGCGAGCAAGACGGACUCGCCGUCUAGGAAGAAAGACAAACGAAGCCGGCACCUCGGGGCGGACGGCGUUUACCUGGACGACCUCACGGACAUGGAUCCCGAAGUGGCCGCCCUGUAUUUUCCCAAAAACGGGGACCCUUCUGCGCUCCCCAAACAUGCCGACAACGGAGCCCGGUCCGCCAACCAGUCCCCGCAGUCCGUGGGCAGCUCUGGGGCCGACAGUGGUGUGGAGAGCACCUCCGACGGCCUGAGGGACCUGCCGUCCAUCGCCAUCUCCCUCUGCGGCGGCCUCAGCGACAACAGGGAGAUCACCAAAGACGCGUUUUUGGAACAAGCCGUGUCGUAUCAACAGUUUGUGGACAACCCCGCCCUCAUCGACGACCCCAACCUGGUGGUAAAGAUCGGGAACAAGUAUUAUAACUGGACCACGGCAGCCCCUCUGCUGCUGGCAAUGCAGGCUUUCCAGAAACCUCUGCCAAAGGCCACGGUGGAAGCCAUCAUGAGGGAUAAGAUGCCCAGGAAGGGAGGAAGAUGGUGGUUUUCGUGGCGGGGAAGAGGUACCACGAUCAAGGAGGAAAGUAAGCCGGAGCAGGGCCUGGCUGGCGAGAGCCACAGCACCGGGGAGCAGCCGCCGCCGCUCAGCAUGGCCACCAGAAUGAAGCAGGAGUCGUCCUCUAGCGAUGAGGAGCACUCAGCCGCCAGGCCGUCCAGCGCCCCCCUGCUGCCCCUGCUGUCCAAUGUCGGCUACAAGAAGACCCUGCGGCUCACGUCGGAGCAGCUGAAAAGCCUGAAGCUGAAGAAUGGCCCCAACGACGUGGUGUUCAGCGUCACCACCCAGUACCAAGGCACCUGCCGCUGCGAGGGCACCAUCUACCUGUGGAACUGGGACGAUAAGGUGAUCAUCUCCGACAUCGACGGCACCAUCACCAGGUCAGACACUCUGGGCCACAUUUUGCCCACCUUGGGGAAGGACUGGACCCACCAGGGCAUCGCGAAGCUGUACCACAAAGUGAGCCAGAACGGGUACAAGUUCCUGUACUGCUCCGCGCGGGCCAUCGGCAUGGCGGACAUGACGCGGGGCUACCUGCACUGGGUCAACGAGAGGGGCACCGUGCUGCCCCAGGGGCCCCUGCUGCUGUCCCCCAGCAGCCUCUUCUCCGCCCUGCACAGAGAGGUGAUUGAAAAGAAGCCAGAAAAGUUUAAAGUCCAGUGCUUGACAGACAUCAGGAACCUGUUUUUCCCAAACACAGAGCCGUUUUACGCUGCUUUUGGAAACCGGCCGGCUGACGUGUAUUCGUACAAGCAAGUAGGAGUGUCUUUGAACCGAAUAUUCACCGUCAACCCCAAGGGCGAGCUGGUGCAGGAGCACGCCAAGACCAACAUCUCCUCGUACGUGCGGCUCUGUGAAGUGGUUGACCACGUCUUCCCGCUGCUGAAGAGGAGCCAUUCCUCGGACUUCCCCUGCUCGGACACGUUCAGCAACUUCACCUUCUGGCGGGAGCCGCUGCCCCCGUUCGAGAACCAGGACGUCCACUCUGCCUCGGCGUGACGCCCCGCAGCCGCCUGCGUCAGCCAAGACCGGCCGCCCAUUAAAGGAUCGGUUGUGGGAGCCCAGGAGGGAGCUCAGGAGCCGCGUGCGGUCAUUGCCUGAGGGCAGGGAGCUGGGGUGCACCCUCCUGCCUGCUCCCCGGGGCUGGCGUUUCUAAGUCAAGUACCAGAGUGCACAUCCUGGAUAAGGAGUCGGGUGCACUCCUGGAGUGGGGGGGGGGAGGGGCCUUUCCUCGCUGUGGCUGAAAGCCAGAGACCACGCUGCCCUGUCUGCCUGCGGGCAGCCUCGUCACUGGGCAGCGUGUCCCUGUGAAGCCCAGCAGAGCUGGCGCCUGGUCCCUGCUGGGGACAGUGUCCCCUGAGGUCGCCAGGUGCGUGCCAUGUGGAGAGGGGCACACGUCCCCGUGGUGGCUCCACCCAUCUUCUGCUCCCCGUGGGGGUCGGGGGUCGGGGGCACAUGCGGGGUCAUGUGACCCAGAUCUGGGGUCUCUGAAGGGCCUGGCCCUGUGGGUGUCCCUUGCAGUAUUUGCCAACGGUCUAGUUUUAGGUGACAAGCUCUUCUUUAUACUCCGGUUAGAGAACCGACGUCACUGGCACCCCCUCCCCCCGCCCCCUUUUUGUGGCUCACGGCUGGACUAUCUAUGCCUUAAUGCACCCGGCAGACGUGUUCCCUGGAAUGUGCUUUGUCCAGCUCCCGGUAACUGCGAAGCCUUAAGCUCAGGCCCAAGGGAGUGUGAGGGGCAGUGUUUCCCGUCAGGCCGGCCCUCGGCCGCGGCCUCGCCUCCGGCAGGCGGAGCUGGGCAUGCGGCUGGCACGGAGCCGAUGCCACACGGCUGCGAUGCCAGUUUCCACGGGAAGCUCUCAAACGAAGCUGCUUGGUUUUAAGAAAAUCGUCUCAAGAAGUUAAAUUAUAUUCUUUGUAGAUAUUAUUUAUUACUUUACUCUGAUUGGUUAUUGUUUUAAGCAUUUAGCCAUAGUCUUUCUAUGAUAACGGUCACUGAAAUAUUAAAAAGAUGUACGUUAGACUACCCAGAGCCUUAUUCUCGAAUCUCACCACACCGACCUUUUUAUUUUCCUCAGCUUUUCCCACUCAAGUCAGGCACGGCACGUGGAUGAGUAACGGCUGGGGGGCCAUUCUUUAAGCCAUGGGGAGAUGGACUCUCUUGUUUAUAUAAACAAAUUAUCGAGAGAACAAUUUGAAAAGUUAGAGAGUUAUUUUGGUAAAAGAUUUUGCUUUAUUUUUUGAAGUAUUAUUUUUCUAAAGCGUUUUCCUCCAGUGGCUGAAGUGCUUUCCUAUUCAGAUGCUGCUGUUAGAGUCCUAGGAGGCCGCACUGUGGAGCAGGCGAUGGACUCGGCUCUUUCUGUGAAAGAGACACAGAGGUUGCCCGGCAGGCGGCAGGCGGCAGGCGGCAGGCGGAGGCUCCGGGACGAGGCCCCGUGGGACGGCUGUGGCCCCACAGAAAGGCAUCCCCUUUCAUAGAAACUUGCACGCACCCUCCGAGCCCCUCGGGAGGCACGAGACGUGAUGAAACACGGUCCUGCCUGAGCUCUGGGCUUGGGCACUGCCCACCUUUGGAAGCUACACUCAUUCUUUCUUCCAGAGGGUGUUCGGGGUGAAUUGUAGCUGCUGUGACCUGAGUCUCGUUCCUCCUCCACCGGAGAGCGAGGCUGGGAGAGGGGGCACCCCCUCAGGCCAUCGCCCCCCCAGGGCGAGCAGCGCCGGCCGCGCCACCUGCAGGUGUGAGCGCGUCACCUGGGGCGCCCGCCCCGCGGCACGUGACCCGGGCACGCCUGCCAGAGAGUGGCCCUCGGAUCUGGGUCCAGGUCACAUCUGGCACGGGCACACCGGCCGCGGCUGGGACACGAGACGUGCACGUGGGGGGCGUGCACGCGUGUGCGUGUGGGCUUGUCUGUGUUCACACUCACCGGCCCGCACCCCGCGGACGGGCCGUGCUGAGCGCGCCUGCGGAGAGGAGUCCCUCAGAGGGGCGUCGCCCGGGGUUCCUGCUGCGACGGAGAACGCAGGCCUGUGCACGGAGACAUGAGGACGUGCAGAGACUCCCCUCUGCCGCUUCGGGUGCGGCUCCCCGCUUUCACCGGUGCCGCUUGCAGCACCUCCUGUGCGCGUAUGUGCUGGGAAACGAUGCGCAUCAUUGUGAUACUCCUUGUGUUGUGCUGGAUGCAGAGCUAGAAACUUGGAAUAAAAGAGACCCAUGAAAGGCU